UGGCUGCGGCUCCUAAUUAAUUGCAGCUAUCUGUCUCCUAUCGAUGUGUGUGUACGUGUGUGUUGUGUGCGUGUGUUUCCUCUUUUCUCCCCAAAGCGAACAUGAAAUAGUUUGUUGGGCUUCACUUCCCUUCCUCCUCUCCGUCCCCCCUUCCUUCCUCCCCGUCCUGGUUCGCAGGCAGACGCAGGACAGAUUGAACCCCAGCUGUGUGCGUCGCUUUCGGUCGUUGCCAUUUUCCCCCCUCCGCUGCCCGGUGAUGUUGGAUAUGGGAGAACGCAAAGAGGUGAAAAUGAUUCCGAAGUCAUCGUUCAGUAUAAACAGUUUGGUGCCCGAGGCCGUGCAGAGCGACAACCAGCAGCACCAGCACCAGAACCUGCACCAGAACCAGCACCACCUCCACCAGAACCACCUCCUCCACCGGCCCGGCGUUGCAGACGAGCCCGAGCAGAAAGCUCCUCUCCCGGCCGCGCCGCAGGAGCCGAAGACGGACCCUAAAAGUGACGCGUCGGGUCAGGACAGCUGCCCGGACGAGAAGGAGAAGCCGGAGGAGAAGAAGGAGGCGAAGGACGCGGACGGAGGCGCCGGAGCGAAGGACGGAGACAAGAAAAGCGGCAAGUACGAAAAACCUCCUUUCAGCUACAACGCGCUGAUCAUGAUGGCCAUCCGGCAGAGCCCCGAGAAGCGGCUCACGCUCAACGGCAUCUACGAGUUCAUCAUGAAGAACUUCCCGUACUACCGGGAGAACAAGCAGGGCUGGCAGAACUCCAUCCGCCACAACCUCAGCCUCAAUAAGUGCUUCGUCAAGGUGCCCCGGCACUACGACGACCCGGGGAAGGGCAACUACUGGAUGCUGGACCCCAGCAGCGACGACGUCUUCAUCGGCGGAACCACCGGGAAGCUCCGGCGGAGGUCCACCACGUCCCGGGCCAAGCUGGCCUUCAAGCGGGGAGCGCGGCUGACCUCCGGGCUGACCUUCAUGGACCGGGCCGGCUCCCUGUACUGGCCCAUGUCCCCCUUCCUGUCCCUGCACCACCCGCGGGCCGGCGGCGCCCUGGGCUAUAACGGGACCUCCUCGGGUUACCCGGCUCACCCCAUGUCCUACAGCACCAUGCUCACCCAGAACAUGGGCAACAGCCACUCCUCGUUCCCGUCGUCCAACGGGCUCAGCAUGGACCGGCUGGUCGGCGGGGAUCUCCCCUACGCGACGCACCACCUGACGGCUGCGGCCCUGGCGGCCUCGGCGGUGCCCUGCGGCCUCUCCGUGCCUUGCUCCGGGGCCACUUACUCCCUGAACCCGUGCUCGGUCAACCUGCUGGCCGGGCAGACCAGUUACUUUUUCCCCCACGUCCCGCACCCUUCCAUGACCACACAGACCGGCGGCUCCUUGCAGGCCGCCCGGGCUUCGGCCUCCAAUUCCCCGCAGGCUCCGUCCUCCUCCUCGCUGCCCUGUGACUCUCUGAGGCCGGCCCUGUCCGGGUCUCUGCCGGCCUUCUCCUCGGGACUUUCCGGGAGUUUGUCUGAUUAUUUUUCGCAUCAAAACCAGGGGUCGACCUCCAACCCGCUGAUACACUAACACCCCCAAACCCUCACCCAGCCGCACCCCUCCACCUCACCUCCAUCCACCCCCCCUUCAUCCUCUCAUUCCAGCCUGAAGGAGAGAACAUGUGAACUUGACUGGAACUGUAAGUUGAACAUUUUACACUGAACAUUGACGUUGUAAGAAUAUCUCUGAGCUACCUGCUGUAGAAAAGAGCAGCAGAGGGAGAGAGAGAGAGAAAACAGCCCUGAAGCCUCCAGGUAUUUUUUAAUAUUAUUAUCUUCUUCUCCUCUUCCUCCUCUUCCUCCUGCAGGUGUGUGUACAUACAUGUUCUCAGUGUCUGUACAGUUGUGUGUGAUCUGACAUGAACCCCAGAGGAAGCUGGGAGCUGUAGGCUGAUGAUCUUCUCCUCUUCUUGUUGGAGGAAUAACUUUUUCUAGAAUGUGUAUUUAAAAUAGUUUUGUCUAAUUUUGAGAUUUAAAAAAAAAAUACUACUACUAUCUUGUAAUGUCCGCUCGCAUGUUCGCAGUAUUAUCAGGUCUCAUGCGGCGGGGAAUGAUUUUAUUUUACAACAUUCAAACACUAAUUAUUUGAUUUUAGAUUUUUAUCGUCUUCACGGUGAAAUGUGUUUUUAAAACAGGAAGUGAAGCGACUCCCGUUAAUGUCCCGAGGCUGUUUCUCUCUUUCACAAGUGUCCAUGUAUUUGUUAGACCAAAGACUCGGUUCUUUUGAGCAGAAGUAGGAUCAGUGUUGAGCUGCACAACGGGACAGAGGCCGGGGACAGAGGCCGGGGACAGAGGCCUGGGGACAGGGGCCGGGGACAGAGGCCUGGGGACAGAGGCCUGGGCACAGAG